CAGCCGCGAACGGUCACAGUGGCACUCACACCGCGGGUUCCCCCGUCCUCCCCCCGUACCCUCCGCCGCUGGGGGACGCGAUGCUCACCGCUGAUGCCAACGGGAGUGUUCGCUGAAGCCGCGACCAUUCAUCGGAUUACAAAGACACACAUAAACCUAUCGACAUCACCGGAGUGUUCCCGGUACGCGGACAGCAGCUCGGAACAGCCGAGGAGACAGACUUGGAGCGACGUUUCGUCGCGGUGGGGGAAGCGAUGCGGUCCCUUCUCUCUACGCUGACUGUCUUAUGUGUCCAGAUGUUGCUGGUGAUGUGCAAUCCUUUGCAGCAGGUGUUUGGGGUCGAUGGGGUAAAUUUCAGCGUGCAUGUGGAGAACCAGACUGGGGCGCGAGACAACGUGAGUCGCCGGCAUCACCGAGUCUACCAGCUCUACAGCAGGACCAGCGGAAAACACGUCCAAGUGCUGUGCCGCAGGAUCAGUGCCCGCGGAGAGGACGGAGACAAAUAUGCCCAGCUCGUAGUGGAGGCGGACACCUUUGGCAGCCAGGUGCGAAUCCGGGGGAAAGAGACCAACUACUACCUGUGCAUGAACCGCAGGGGCAAGCUGGUGGGCAAGAAGGCCAGUAACCGCAGCUCAGACUGCGUCUUCGUAGAGAAGGUUCUGGAGAACAACUACACGGCACUGAUGUCGGCGAAAUACAGCGGCUGGUACGUGGGCUUCACCAAAAGGGGGCGCCCUCGGCGCGGGCCGCACACGUUACCCAACCAGCAGGAUGUGCACUUCAUGAAACGCUUCCCGCCUGGGGAGCAGCCUGACGUGACGCCCUUUCGCUUCACCACGGUGAACAAGCGGACCAAACGAGUUCGAGCCGCUCGUCCGCGCUAACCCUUGCUAACGCUCUCUCUCCCCAUCUCCUGUAAAAGGCCACUAAAAGUCCUGUUUUUUGGGACCAAGCUAAAUGUUACCCCGGGACUUGCUAACCAGACUGACAGUCCCUCUCCUUUGCAGCCUUGUAAAAUGACUGGAUUGUUUAAGGAAGACAUGCUAACGCGGCCAAAGCUAAGUUUAUGCCAACUAGCCUAGCAUGGGUUAAUCCUGUUUAAUGCUAAACUGUGCUAAAAUAAAAGAGGACAUGUCUGACUCUGACUGCAGGACUGACUUUGACUAGCAGCUGUCUGACUGCAGGACUGCCAGACAUCAUCUCAUCAAUCCUUCCAGUAAGGUCGGCACUGACACACCUGCCCUUUCCUUCGGUCUGGUCUUGGGUAUUGAACCAGACAGACCACACAACGACAGGCUCCCGACACAUAUGGAGAAGCCUAGAGACUAGCCGACAGAUGGUGACCCAGAACUGGUGGGUGGAGUUGGGCCACCGCCGACCAUCCUGUCCUGUGUUUGGAACCAGGUUUCUCCAAGGAACUAUCGCAUAGCAGACCAGCUUUUGGGCUGGACUUUUGACCGGAUCAGAAUAGGUAAACUCAGAUCAUUCCCAGGCCCCUGGGAGACAUUGUCCAGGAUCUUCAGGACAUGGCAACCAAAAUAAAGGACUGCAUCCCAACUUGGGGAGUAGAUAGGUUCCCCUGUUACAGGACCCAGACAUCCAAAUAUAUGAUGUUAAUGUGUGUGUGCGUGUGUGUGUGUGUGUGUGUGUGUGUGUGUGUGCGUGUGUGUGUGUAUGCAUGUGUGUGUGUGUGUGUGUGUGUGUGUGUGUGUGUGUGUGUGUGUGUGUGUGUGUGUGUGUGUAUGUGUGUGUGUGUUCAUGUGUGUGUGUCUUUGAGUGGUGGAAGAGGAACACAAAGGGAAGGACCAGUAAUUGAUUGGUGGCAGAUGUUUUGACUUGCAGACUUUGUCUUGUUCCAUUCCCCUCUGUGCUUUGAGAAGUGAACUCAUAUGCGAUGCUCAUGUGUAAGUGAGCGAGUUGAGUGAACGAGUGCCCGUGAGGAAGUGCACCAAAGACCCUAUUUGGACGCUACCACAGGGAGACUUUGAGGACGACUAUUGGUGAUCACUUCGCCACUCUCCUUUGAAGGACAGAACCCUACAAGAACUGGAAUGUACAAAUGAAUAAUACAAAAAAAAACAUUAAGCACCCAGAUAUCAGCUGCACCAAAAAAAAAGAAAAAAAUCCAAUGACCAAAGACAACUGGAGACCAAUGAUGGACAAGAUAGCCACACCCCCUUUUCAACCCUGCAACCAACAGCAAGCACUCAAACACAGGGGGUGGAGGCAUAUUCUCUUUGCAUUUGCAUCGCUAUAGAAAUGACACAGGGAACGAUAUUCCCAGUUUUGAGACAGUAUGACAUGCUGCUACGAGGACAUUAUGGAUUAACCAAAGUCUCAUACACAAAUAUUAAAGGGAACCCAUUAAAAAACUAUAUAAAGAUUCUAUAUAUAUAUAUGAAUAUAUAUAUAAAGAGUAAAGGCUAAAUAAGCAAUAUUAUUAUG